CCCUGAAACACCUUCUUAACUCCACGAGCCCAUGUAAGACAUCUAGAGGCUCAAGUGAGAUACCUCCAAGUAUAGCAAUUGUUUGUACCUUCCACUCGAUCCCAUUGGCGCAGAGCCCCAAAAUGCUCCGCCGGGGUAAUAUUUUGUUGGCCGGCCCUGGGGCUGCGCCACCAGUGGACCUCCACCAUAACAGAGAGGAUCGCGGUCAAUUCUCUCGGACUUCCAGAUAGAAGCUUCGCAGGUAUCAUGGAGCAUAUUUUGAUGUUCAUAUGGGCUGAUGAUUCCUGGGAAACUGCUGAUUGCUAUCGAGCAUCACCGGUUCGCGUGCAAGUACCCAAGUGCUGGUUAUUUGCGCUGGUUUCUAUAUAAUAUCAUCGAGUGAUUGUUGUCUUUCCGCAUCAUCAUCUUUAUCUUCUUCGUCUUCUUCCUUAGUACGCAUCUCUUCAUCAUCUAAACAGCGAACGAAAGACAUUCAAAAUGGACGCAUCAGCACCAAUCGAUAUCCCCGUGGUGAUCAUUGGAGGUGGAGGAGUCGGCCUCACUCUUUCUUGCUUCUUGUCUGAUGAGAAUGUUCAACAUGUUCUGUUCGAAAAGCACCCUACGACCUCGAUCCUCCCAAAGGCUCAUUACCUCAAUCAACGUACUCUCGAGAUCUUCCGUCAACAUGGACUAGCUGAGCCGAUUCAGGAGAAUGGGUGUCCUCUCGCUAACAUGGCUCGUGUUGAGUGGAGGACGAGCUUGGGUGGUGAUGGACCUUUUGAUGGUAGACAACUUGGUUCUGUUAGUGCUGCUGGGGGCAUUCCGGGCACUGAGCAAGCGGAGAUGUAUAGACGUGACUCCCCAGCCACAGCAUCAAACUUGCCUCUCCUCCGAAUGGAGCCUAUCUUCAAGAAGAUUGCUGAGGAGCGAAACCCAGGUAACAUCCUCUUCAACACCACUGUUGAAGAUUUCGAGGAAGUUGGAGACCACGUUAUUGUCCGAGUCAAGAUGGCAGAUGGACAGAUUGUUCAUUACCGUGCUCAAUAUGUUGUCUGCUGCGAUGCUGGCAAACUAUCUACUCCCAAGCUUGGCAUCAAGAUGGAAGGUGUCUCCGGACUGGUCGACUUUGUCAGCACUCACUUCAAAGCCGAUUUCUCCAAGUACUGGGACGACCGCACUCUGAUCACCCACUUCAUCAACCCCGAAGGUGGCUCCAUGGCUCACCUCGACUGCGGCGCCCUCAUGCAAAUGGGUCCCACCUGGGGCAAGCACUCGGAAGAAUGGGUCCUCACCUUCGGCUUCCCAGUCGAAGACAGCAAACGCUUCGAACAAGACGCUCUCCCCCCACGCAUCCGCCAACUCCUCAAACUCCCAGACCUCGAAAUGGAAGUCCUCCACAUAUCCCACUGGGUCCUCGACCGCGUCGUCGCAGACAAGUACCGCGUCGGCCGCGUCUUCAUCGCCGGUGACGCCGCACACCGUCGUCCGCCCACCACCGGUCUCGGCCUCAACACCGGCAUCGAAGACGCGCUCAACGUCUCCUGGAAACUCGGGCAGGUCCUCAACGGCAAAGCCGCCCCUAGCUUAAUGGAUACCUACGAAUCCGAGCGCCGUCCAGUCGGCAUCCGUAACUCGGACUGGGCUUUCUUCACCUUCGGCAACAUGCAAGUCCUGUCCGCAGGCGUGGGCCUUAUCCCGGGACAGCAGGAGUACAACUACCAGCGCUUCGUCAACCUCUUCUCCGACACGGACAUCGGGCGCGCCUCGCUGGCGCACAUCAAGCGCAUCAUCGGGACCCAGAACAUCGAGUACUCAGCCCACGACAUCGAGCUCGGCUUCUCGUACCCGGACGGCGCGCGCGUGGACGAUGGAACCGAUGCCCCAACGCCCGAUACCACAGGCCAGGUAUACACCCCUACCACACGCCCGGGCCACAGACUCCCGCACGCGUGGCUGGAGUUUGGCGGGAAGAAGAUCUCAACGCAUGAUUUGGUGUAUACGGGGGAGUAUGAUUACAUGCUCAUCACGGACGAAGACGGGGACGUGUGGGCGGCGGCCGCGAAGCGGAUCUCGAAACUGGGGGACGUUAAGGUGGGCGCGGUGAAGGUACGGGCGAGGCCACAUAGUAGGCCAGAGGGACUAGCGCUCGAUGUGGAGGAUCGCUGGGCGGCGUUGAAGGGUGUUAAGGCUGGGGGUGCGGUGUUGGUUAGGAGGGAUAAUUUUGUGUGUUGGAGGAGUGCUGGGAAGGGAGUUGAGCAAGAGAAAGUGCUAAGGGAGGCGCUAGAGGAGAUUGUGGGGAAGAAGGUUGUGGAGGAUGUGAAGGUGAAUGGGUAUACGAAUGGUGUAGUUGAGGAUGUGAAGGUUAACGGGAUUGUGGAGGAGGUGGUUGAGGUUGCUGUUGUUGCCUAAGCAUUUGUCGUUGGGGGCGGGGGGUUGGUUUCUUUUGUGAAAAUUGGGUCUAGAUUGAUUGUUGGUAGCAUGUUGUGGCGUCUGUCGAUAUCGGCUUUUUGAGCAUUAUCUGUCUUUCAUAUUGCAAUUAUCUCUUGAUUUUCCUCUUAUUUUCACACUGGUGAUAUAACAACAAAUCCCAAACCGCCUUCUUAACAUCUCACUUUCAAAUUUCAAAUUAUCCGUUUUAACAU